AUGCUAAUACGUCUCCUGGUUCGUUUCCCUGUAGGAGAGGCUGGCGUCGCACCGUACAUAGCCGUCGUGGGACGUCGAAACGGUAUAGGUCCCGCCACAAUAGCAGUCAUCUUCACCGUCAUGGCACUCACAGCCGUCGUUUUCAAGCCCGUGUGCGGUUUCAUCAUCGACCGAACUCGAAACGUCACUGCCGUCAUCCUCGUCUUGCAAGUUCUCUGCACCCUAUCUUACGGUGUCGCUUUCUUCUGCCCCAGCGCCAUAUCUGAUGGCUCAACAUACAAGGGCAAUCUGAGUUGCUCAUUGGAAGUGUUCGAUGUCACCGGUACUUCGGGGUCGCAACAGUGUUCUUCCAGUGGAAGCGAUUCCAUAUAUUGUGUAUUGUCUUCGGAGAAAGACGUAUGGGAAGGGGUCAGCGCUCGCCUGACUACCGACAACAACAUAGUACUGGCCAACGCGUCCGAACCCUGUCAGACCCUUCUCAAGUACAACCUCCUAUCCAACGACUCCCUCGCCGUUCCGGGCGAGAUGAAGUGUUCUUGCGAUGCUGCAUUGUACAAUAACCCAAACUUCUGGAUCUACACCGUGUCCGCUAUUCUCGGCUUCGCGUUGGCCGCAGCGCUGACCAGCGUUGGUGACGCCGCCGUAAGCAACGUACUGGGCUCGGACAUCGAAGUAUUUGGCCGACAACGACUUUUCGGCAGUCUUAGCUGUGGCAUGACGUCGCCGCUGGUGGGGUACCUAGUGGACGCAGCCAGCAGGGAAAGCUCAGUCACCGAUUAUAGGCCGGGCUUCUAUGUAUUCGCCGGUGCCAUGCUUCUGGAUAUGAUCCUUAUCCUCGCCGUGCCUAGGAUGCGCGUCGCCGAAGUCUCCGUCAACUUCUUCAAGGACAUCGGGGUGCUCUUGUCAAGCCCUGAGAUCCUGCUCUUCACGUUGUUCACAUUCCUUGCGGGAUCCAUGAUGGGGUUUCUCUCCGCUUUCGAGACGUGGUUCCUGGAGGACUUGGGAACACCCACGUACCUCAUAGGCCUAAAUAAAGCAGUCCUGUGCAUCGGCGCGGAGCCCGUGCUGUUCUUUCUGUCGACGUACAUACUGAAGAAGAUUGGAUACUUCUACUCCUACUCAGUCGCGUUCUUGCUGUUCGCCUGCAAGGCCCUUGGCUAUUCGUUCCUGCGGAACGUCUGGGGCUCGCUUGCCGUGAACAUCGUUGGGGGAGCCAUUUUCCCCAUGGUGUACGCCGCGAUGGCUGUGUUCGCCAAGAAGAAGGCCAGACCCGGAACAGCCGCGUCCAUGGUCUGCAUCCUCGGAGCCAACUACGAAGGUCUCGGUUCGGCAGCAGGCAGCUUGAUAGGCGGCCUCAGCAUCGAUAAGAUCGGAGCGAGCCAGACUUUCCGCUACCUUGGCUUCUCAUCAGUGGCUGCCGCGUUCCUCAGUUCGGUGUGCUACUUGCUCCUGCACUGCAAAGCCACUCAAGAAUAUGGUAAUUACACGCAUUGGUUGUGCGAAUCUAUGUACACUUCUCCUAACUGACAUGUUUUUGCUAUUGACAGAUGUUACAACGGAGAAGCCCAGUGCAUCCACUCCUGCAGAAAAGUGAUACCACACACAUUUCACCGAAGUCCGAAUGCGAAAUACUCGUGGAAAGCCUGCCCAGCAAGCAUCGAUGGGACCGAUCUUCAAUGUGCGGCUCCAAGGCUUACUUAGCGGAUUAACCUCAAAGCGUCACAUAGCUGUGGAACAUAUGGCUAGAAAAGCUGCGGUAGAUAAAAAGAAGGAAAAGUCGCAGUUUCACCCAGCAGGCGAAGCAUCGAUUGCGAUAGCAAAUUAGUAGACAGCUAUACGAAGUAAUGAUAGUAGUCUUAUCGGCCGUAUGAACUUGUAGCUAUUCGCUUACUAACUAAAUUAACAAGCAUGGUGUCAUGCGCGCACAAGCAAACAUGAACACAUCUUACUCAAUGACCGCGCACACCCGCUUUCAAAAUGCUGGAGUGGGAAAGCGCGGCAGCAGCAGCGAGCGAAUUGACCUUUCCUGCUGCCUCUCGUUUCAACGCGAACUAAGCGCUGAGAACACAGCGCACACGAAGCUAUCAGCACUCGGCGCACUCUGUCCCCAUCGCAGAUCGCUUUCAAGAUAGGGCGCGCGUGGCCGUGCCGAAGUUGAAGGUGGCUGCAGUGUCCAUAUAAUUGAUAUCGCAAUAAAAAAUCGGCGAUUUGAAGAAGUGUCAUGGUAAGACGACGCCUCAGUCUGCUUCUUGUCGUUAUCUUGUUGCUAUUA